AUGCUCACACUCAGAGAGCAGCCGUCCUCCUGUGGACUCACCACCUGCAGAGGUCACCACUUCAUCGUGCCGAGCUCACAGCUCCUGAGUCACCACUUCAUCCUGCUGCGCUCACAGCUCCUGAGUCACCACUUCAUCCUGCUGCGCUCACAGCUCCUGAGUCACCACUUCAUCCUGCCGAGCUCACAGCUCCUGAGUCACCACUUCAUCCUGCUGCGCUCACAGCUCCUGAGUCACCACUUCAUCGUGCCGAGCUCACAGCUCCUGAGUCACCACUUCAUCCUGCUGCGCUCACAGCUCCUGAGUCACCACUUCAUCCUGCUGCGCUCACAGUUCCUGAGUCACCACUUUAUCCUGCUGAGCUCACAGCUCCUGAGUCACCACUUCAUCCUGCUGCGCUCACAGCUCCUGAGUCACCACUUCAUCCUGCUGCGCUCACAGCUCCUGAGUCACCACUUCAUCGUGCCGAGCUCACAGCUCCUGAGUCACCACUUCAUCCUGCUGCGCUCACAGCUCCUGAGUCACCACUUCAUCCUGCUGCGCUCACAGCUCCUGAGUCACCACUUCAUCGUGCCGAGCUCACAGCUCCUGAGUCACCACUUCAUCCUGCUGAGCUCACAGCUCCUGAGUCACCACUUCAUCGUGCCGAGCUCACAGCUCCUGAGUCACCACUUCAUCCUGCUGCGCUCACAGCUCCUGAGUCACCACUUCAUCCUGCUGCGCUCACAGCUCCUGAGUCACCACUUUAUCCUGCUGAGCUCACAGCUCCUGAGUCACCACUUCAUCCUGCUGCGCUCACAGCUCCUGAGUCACCACUUUAUCCUGCUGAGCUCACAGCUCCUGAGUCACCACUUCAUCGUGCCGAGCUCACAGCUCCUGAGUCACCACUUCAUCCUGCUGCGCUCACAGCUCCUGAGUCACCACUUCAUCCUGCUGCGCUCACAGCUCCUGAGUCACCACUUUAUCCUGCUGCGCUCACAGCUCCUGAGUCACCACUUCAUCCUGCUGCGCUCACAGCACACGGAGAGCGAUACAAACACAUCCCAGAUGAUGAAGAGUCUAGCAGCAGUCACAGACCUCGGUCCUCACAGACCCCGGUCCUCACAGACCCCGGUCCUCACAGACCUCGGUCCUCACAGACCUCUGUCCUCACAGACCUCUGUCCUCACAGACCUCGGUCCUCACAGACCCCGGUCCUCACAGACCUCGGUCCUCACAGACCUCGGUCCUCACAGUCCUCGGUCCUCACAGACCUCGGUCCUCACAGACCCCGGUCCUCACAGACCUCGGUCCUCACAGACCCCGGUCCUCACAGACCUCGGUCCUCACAGACCUCUGUCCUCACAGACCCCGGUCCUCACAGACCUCGGUCCUCACAGACCUCGGUCCUCACAGACCCCGGUCCUCACAGACCCCGGUCCUCACAGACCCCGGUCCUCACAGACCUCGGUCCUCACAGACCUCUGUCCUCACAGACCUCUGUCCUCACAGACCUCGGUCCUCACAGACCCCGGUCCUCACAGACCUCGGUCCUCACAGACCCCGGUCCUCACAGACCUCGGUCCUCACAGACCUCUGUCCUCACAGACCUCUGUCCUCACAGACCUCGGUCCUCACAGACCCCGGUCCUCACAGACCCCGGUCCUCACAGACCCCGGUCCUCACAGACCUCUGUCCUCACAGACCUCGGUCCUCACAGACCCCGGUCCUCACAGACCUCUGUCCUCACAGACCUCUGUCCUCACAGACCUCUGUCCUCACAGACCUCGGUCCUCACAGACCCCGGUCCUCACAGACCUCGGUCCUCACAGACCUCGGUCCUCACAGACCUCGGUCCUCACAGUCCUCGGUCCUCACAGACCUCUGUCCUCACAGACCUCUGUCCUCACAGACCUCUGUCCUCACAGACCCCGGUCCUCACAGACCUCGGUCCUCACAGACCUCUGUCCUCACAGACCCCGGUCCUCACAGACCUCGGUCCUCACAGACCCCGGUCCUCACAGACCUCGGUCCUCACAGACCUCGGUCCUCACAGACCUCGGUCCUCACAGACCUCUGUCCUCACAGACCUCUGUCCUCACAGACCUCGGUCCUCACAGACCCCGGUCCUCACAGACCUCGGUCCUCACAGACCCCGGUCCUCACAGACCUCGGUCCUCACAGACCUCGGUCCUCACAGUCCCCGGUCCUCACAGACCUCUGUCCUCACAGUCCCCGGUCCUCACAGACCCCGGUCCUCACAGUCCCCGGUCCUCACAGACCUCGGUCCUCACAGACCUCUGUCCUCACAGACCCCGGUCCUCACAGACCCCGGUCCUCACAGACCCCGGUCCUCACAGACCUCGGUCCUCACAGACCUCGGUCCUCACAGACCUCGGUCCUCACAGACCUCGGUCCUCACAGACCCCGGUCCUCACAGACCUCGGUCCUCACAGACCUCGGUCCUCACAGACCUCGGUCCUCACAGUCCCCGGUCCUCACAGACCUCGGUCCUCACAGACCUCGGUCCUCACAGACCCCGGUCCUCACAGACCUCGGUCCUCACAGACCCCGGUCCUCACAGACCUCUGUCCUCACAGACCCCGGUCCUCACAGACCUCGGUCCUCACAGACCUCGGUCCUCACAGACCCCGGUCCUCACAGACCUCGGUCCUCACAGACCCCGGUCCUCACAGACCUCGGUCCUCACAGACCUCGGUCCUCACAGACCCCGGUCCUCACAGACCCCGGUCCUCACAGACCCCGGUCCUCACAGUCCCCGGUCCUCACAGACCUCGGUCCUCACAGACCUGCCUCACAGACCCCGGUCCUCACACGACCCCGGUCCUCACAGACCCCGGUCCUCACAGUCCCCGGUCCUCACAGACCCCGGUCCUCACAGACCCCGGUCCUCACAGUCCCCGGUCCUCACAGACCCCGGUCCUCACAGACCCCGGUCCUCACAGACCCCGGUCCUCACAGACCUCGGUCCUCACAGUCCCCGGUCCUCACAGUCCCCGGUCCUCACAGACCUCGGUCCUCACAGACCCCGGUCCUCACAGACCCCGGUCCUCACAGACCCCGGUCCUCACAGACCUCGGUCCUCACAGACCCCGGUCCUCACAGACCCCGGUCCUCACAGACCCCGGUCCUCACAGACCUCUGUCCUCACAGACCCCGGUCCUCACAGUCCCUGGUCCUCACAGACCUCUGUCCUCACAGACCUCGGUCCUCACAGACCUCGGUCCUCACAGACCUCGGUCCUCACAGACCUCGGUCCUCACAGACCCCGGUCCUCACAGACCUCUGUCCUCACAGACCUCGGUCCUCACAGACCUCGGUCCUCACAGACCUCGGUCCUCACAGACCUCGGUCCUCACAGACCUCUGUCCUCACAGACCUCGGUCCUCACAGACCCCGGUCCUCACAGACCUCUGUCCUCACAGACCCCGGUCCUCACAGACCUCGGUCCUCACAGACCUCUGUCCUCACAGUCCCCGGUCCUCACAGACCUCUGUCCUCACAGUCCCCGGUCCUCACAGACCUCUGUCCUCACAGUCCCCGGUCCUCACAGACCCCGGUCCUCACAGUCCCCGGUCCUCACAGACCUCGGUCCUCACAGACCUCGGUCCUCACAGACCUCGGUCCUCACAGACCCCGGUCCUCACAGACCCCGGUCCUCACAGACCCCGGUCCUCACAGACCUCGGUCCUCACAGACCCCGGUCCUCACAGACCUCGGUCCUCACAGACCCCGGUCCUCACAGACCUCGGUCCUCACAGACCCUGGUCCUCACAGACCUCGGUCCUCACAGACCUCGGUCCUCACAGACCCCGGUCCUCACAGACCCCGGUCCUCACAGACCCCGGUCCUCACAGACCUCGGUCCUCACAGACCUCUGUCCUCACAGACCCCGGUCCUCACAGACCUCGGUCCUCACAGACCUCGGUCCUCACAGACCUCUGUCCUCACAGACCCCGGUCCUCACAGACCUCGGUCCUCACAGACCUCGGUCCUCACAGACCUCUGUCCUCACAGACCUCUGUCCUCACAGACCCCGGUCCUCACAGACCUCGGUCCUCACAGACCUCGGUCCUCACAGACCUCGGUCCUCACAGACCUCGGUCCUCACAGACCCCGGUCCUCACAGACCUCUGUCCUCACAGACCCCGGUCCUCACAGACCCCGGUCCUCACAGACCCCGGUCCUCACAGACCCCGGUCCUCACAGACCUCGGUCCUCACAGACCCCGGUCCUCACAGACCUCGGUCCUCACAGACCCCGGUCCUCACAGACCUCGGUCCUCACAGACCUCUGUCCUCACAGACCCCGGUCCUCACAGACCUCGGUCCUCACAGACCUCGGUCCUCACAGACCUCUGUCCUCACAGACCCCGGUCCUCACAGACCUCGGUCCUCACAGACCUCGGUCCUCACAGACCUCGGUCCUCACAGACCUCUGUCCUCACAGACCUCUGUCCUCACAGACCCCGGUCCUCACAGACCUCGGUCCUCACAGACCUCGGUCCUCACAGACCUCGGUCCUCACAGACCUCGGUCCUCACAGACCUCGGUCCUCACAGACCCCGGUCCUCACAGACCUCUGUCCUCACAGACCCCGGUCCUCACAGACCCCGGUCCUCACAGACCCCGGUCCUCACAGACCCCGGUCCUCACAGACCCCGGUCCUCACAGACCUCGGUCCUCACAGACCUCGGUCCUCACAGACCUCGGUCCUCACAGACCUCGGUCCUCACAGACCUCGGUCCUCACAGACCUCUGUCCUCACAGUCCCCGGUCCUCACAGACCCCGGUCCUCACAGACCCCGGUCCUCACAGACCUCGGUCCUCACAGACCCCGGUCCUCACAGACCCCGGUCCUCACAGACCUCUGUCCUCACAGACCUCGGUCCUCACAGACCUCGGUCCUCACAGACCCCGGUCCUCACAGACCUCGGUCCUCACAGACCUCGGUCCUCACAGACCUCGGUCCUCACAGACCUCGGUCCUCACAGACCCCGGUCCUCACAGACCUCGGUCCUCACAGACCCCGGUCCUCACAGACCUCUGUCCUCACAGACCUCGGUCCUCACAGACCUCGGUCCUCACAGACCUCGGUCCUCACAGACCUCGGUCCUCACAGACCCCGGUCCUCACAGACCUCGGUCCUCACAGACCUCGGUCCUCACAGACCUCUGUCCUCACAGACCUCGGUCCUCACAGACCUCGGUCCUCACAGACCCCGGUCCUCACAGACCCCGGUCCUCACAGACCUCGGUCCUCACAGACCUCUGUCCUCACAGACCCCGGUCCUCACAGACCCCGGUCCUCACAGACCCCGGUCCUCACAGACCUCUGUCCUCACAGACCCCGGUCCUCACAGACCCCGGUCCUCACAGACCUCGGUCCUCACAGACCCCGGUCCUCACAGACCUCUGUCCUCACAGACCCCGGUCCUCACAGACCCCGGUCCUCACAGACCUCGGUCCUCACAGACCUCGGUCCUCACAGACCUCGGUCCUCACAGACCCCGGUCCUCACAGACCCCGGUCCUCACAGUCCCCGGUCCUCACAGACCCCGGUCCUCACAGACCUCGGUCCUCACAGACCUCGGUCCUCACAGACCUCUGUCCUCACAGACCCCGGUCCUCACAGACCUCGGUCCUCACAGACCCCGGUCCUCACAGACCCCGGUCCUCACAGACCUCGGUCCUCACAGACCUCGGUCCUCACAGACCCCGGUCCUCACAGACCCCGGUCCUCACAGACCCCGGUCCUCACAGACCUCGGUCCUCACAGACCUCGGUCCUCACAGACCCCGGUCCUCACAGACCCCGGUCCUCACAGACCCCGGUCCUCACAGACCCCGGUCCUCACAGACCCCGGUCCUCACAGACCUCGGUCCUCACAGACCUCUGUCCUCACAGACCCCGGUCCUCACAGACCUCGGUCCUCACAGACCCCGGUCCUCACAGACCCCGGUCCUCACAGACCUCGGUCCUCACAGACCCUGGUCCUCACAGACCCUGGUCCUCACAGACCCCGGUCCUCACAGACCUCGGUCCUCACAGACCCCGGUCCUCACAGACCUCGGUCCUCACAGUCCCUGGUCCUCACAGACCCUGGGUUCGGGCUCGUGCCGGUCUCUAGAACUGCGAUGGGGAAACUGCUGUGGCUUGUCCUUUUGGUCGUGCUCGUCGCUGGAGUCGUGGAAGGGCAUCGGCAUCGCCGUCGACCCAGAUCGGUGCGUCCCUGUGGACCCCCAAAGGAAAUCUGCUGGACGCGGUGGUUCGACAUUGAUAACCCGUCCGGAAAUGGAGACUUCGAAUGGAUCCGGAAUAUCAAGAGGAAACAUCCGAAAGAGAUGUGCCGACAUCCUGUGGACAUCCAGGCCCGGACCCUGAGGGGCCUUACCGCCAAGAGUGCCCGAAACAGAGUCUAUACGAACACACGGACUGGCUUCUCCUGCAUAAACCGGGAACAGCGCUGGGGGAGGAAGUGCCACGACUACCGCGUCCGCUUCGCCUGCUACAAGCCGUACUGCGCCCAGAAAGUCUGCUGGACCAGGUGGCUGAACGGCGACCGCCCCCAGAGACGAGGAGACUAUGAGACGUUGAGGAGGCUGCGACGGCGUUACCCCGGAGUGAUCUGCAGGAAGCCCCUCAAGAUCCAAGCAGAGACCGUGCACGGCCGCAUCCCGGCGGAGCUCAGCGGACAGACCUUUCAACUUUUCAACCCGACUCAGGGCCUGGUCUGCAGGAACAGCAGGAGUCAGCGCUGCAAGGACUACCGUGUGCGCUUCGGCUGCAACUGCAAUGAAGAAGAGGAGACCCCGACUGAUGCAAGUGAAGAAGAAGAGACCCCGACUGAUGCAAGUGAAGAAGAGGAGACCCCGACUGAUGCAAGUGAAGAAGAGGAGACCCCGACUGAUGCAAGUGAAGAAGAAGAGACCCCGACUGAUGCAAGUGAAGAAGAAGAGACCUUGACUGAUGCUAGUGAAGAAGAAGAGACCCCGACUGAUGCAAGUGAAGAAGAAGAGACCCCGACUGAUGCAAGUGAAGAAGAGACCCCGACUGAUGCAAGUGAAGAAGAGGAGACCCCGACUGAUGCAAGUGAAGAAGAGGAGACCCCGACUGAUGCAAGUGAAGAAGAAGAGACCCCGACUGAUGCAAGUGAAGAAGAGACCCCGACUGAUGCAAGUGAAGAAGAGGAGACCCCGACUGAUGCAGCGGCCGCAGGGCCUGGGCGUAAGUCAGAACACCAGAGUCUGCUGGGUCUUAAAGAGUCAGAACACCAGAGUCUGCUGGGUCCUAAAGAGUCAGAACACCAGAGUCUGCUGGGUCCUAAAGAGUCAGAACACCAGAGUCUGCUGGGUCCUAAAGAGUCAGAACACCAGAGUCUGCUGGGUCUUAAAGAGUCAGAACACCAGAGUCUGCUGGGUCCUAAAGAGUCAGAACACCAGAGUCUGCUGGGUCUUAAAGAGUCAGAACACCAGAGUCUGCUGGGUCCUAAAGAGUCAGAACACCAGAGUCUGCUGGGUCCUAAAGAGUCAGAACACCAGAGUCUGCUGGGUCUUAAAGAGUCAGAACACCAGAAGUCAGAACACCAGAGUCUGCUGGGUCUUAAAGAGUCAGAACACCAGAGUCUGCUGGGUCCUAAAGAGUCAGAACACCAGAGUCUGCUGGGUCCUAAAGAGUCAGAACACCAGAGUCUGCUGGGUCUUAAAGAGUCAGAACACCAGAGUCUGCUGGGUCCUAAAGAGUCAGAACACCAGAGUCUGCUGGGUCCUAAAGAGUCAGAACACCAGAGUCUGCUGGGUCUUAAAGAGUCAGAACACCAGAGUCUGCUGGGUCCUAAAGAGUCAGAACACCAGAGUCUGCUGGGUCUUAAAGAGUCAGAACACCAGAGUCUGCUGGGUCCUAAAGAGUCAGAACACCAGAGUCUGCUGGGUCCUAAAGAGUCAGAACACCAGAGUCUGCUGGGUCCUAAAGAGUCAGAACACCAGAGUCUGCUGGGUCCUAAAGAGUCAGAACACCAGAGUCUGCUGGGUCCUAAAGAGUCAGAACACCAGAGUCUGCUGGGUCCUAAAGAGUCAGAACACCAGAGUCUGCUGGGUCCUAAAGAGUGUAAAAGAUAUCGGCGGCAGUGGAACUCUUAA